AUCAGCCAUCCAGAAAGCUGAUUUAACGAAAUAUUGGUAUUGUUCAUGCGAAUGUUUUGCUUAAAGGAUGAGUAUUCGGUGGGAAGACCACGAAUAACAGCAUUCACCACAUCACGUUCAGGGAUCUCUUCUUUCAAGGCAUCGAGAUCCGAGAGAAUAGUUGCCACAUCAUCAAGGUAUUGUGUCAUAGUUUUGGUACCUUUACGAAGAGUGUGGAGUUUGUCCCGAAGCUGAUAAACAUGAGCGGUGGACACAGAGUUGUACCGUGCGGCCAAAGCAUCCCAGAGGGCAGCAGAUGUGGUGAAGCCGCGAGCAUGUUUGUGAACGGAGGGGCUGAUGACCGCUAGGAGGCAGGCGCGGAUCUGUGUGUCAACGAUGGUCCAGGAGGUAUACUCUGGAUUAUGGACGGUUUUAUCGUUUUUGGAGAUAGUUGGCGUCGGGGCUGCUUCAUGACCAUCAAUCCAUCCAAGGAGGAGAUUAGCUGAAAGAGCUGUCUGGACAUUGAGAGACCAUGCCGGAUAAUUUGUUUCGGGCGGCGGCGGCGGCGGCAAGAAUAGGACCAGGCAUCCGGUGUACAGGGGAGUUCGGAUGCGCAGCUGGGGUAAAUGGGUGUCGGAGAUUCGCCAGCCCCUGAAGAAGGCUCGGAUCUGGCUCGGGACUUAUCCCACGCCGGAGAUGGCGGCUCGGGCUCACGACGUGGCGGCGCUCGCUCUCAAGGGCGACUCCGCCGCCCUCAACUUCCCCCACCUCGUCGGAUCCCUCCCGCGACCCGCAUCCGCCUCGCCCGCCAGCGUCCAGGCCGCCGCAGCUAAGGCGGCUGCCAUGGAUGAGCUUCGCCCUGGGUGCUCGUCGCCAUCGGCGCCGGCGUCAGACGAUCUCGGUGAGAUCUUUGAGCUUCCCAGCUUAGACGAGGCCUGCUUCGACUCGCCCGAUGAGUCGAAGGUCCAAUUGGGUGUGCUUGACUUGUCCGAGAGGUGGGGAUUCCUGCCGCGGUGGUUGCCGGACGAUGGAUUCUCCGGGCAAUUUUUCGAUGACCCGGCGGGUGGAGAGGCUGUCAAUCCGGUCAGCUGUUUUGAGGAUGUAUUUUAUUGAAUUUAGUGAUUGUAUUUUACUGUAAUUUUUUUAUUUUAUCUUUAGCGUUUUGAUUUAAUGAAAUUUGUACCAAAAU